ACAGCGACGACGGUGGGAAGCUACGAGUAUUGAGCUGUGCACACACAUCUUUCUCACACGACAAUGUCGGUACCGCUGUCGUCCAAGGAACAGUCCCUGUUCAAGCAGGUCGUCCAACUCUAUGAAUCAAAGCAGUACAAAAGAGGUAUCAAAACCGCCGACCAGGUCUUGAAAAAGGUUCCCAACCAUGGCGACACGCAGGCCAUGAAGGCCCUGAUCCUCAACUCACAAGGCAAGACGGAAGAGGCUUUCGACUUGGCCAAGCUCGCCCUCAAGAAUGCCAUGAAGUCAAAUGUCUGCUGGCACGUCUACGGCUUGUUGUACCGCUCCGUCAAGAACUACGAUGAGGCCAUCAAGGCCUACAAGUUCGCCCUUCGCCUCGAUCCCGAGUCCCGCCAGAUCCAGCGCGACCUUGCCCUCCUCCAGGCCCAAACCCGCGACUGGAAGGGUCUCGUCGACAGCCGCAAAACCAUGGUCACAGCUGCUCCCUCCGUUCGUGCCAACUGGACUGCCUUUGCGAUCGCACACCACAUGGCUGCCGACUACCAGGCCGCCGAAAAGGUCCUGACCACCUACGAAGGCACCUUGAAGAACCCCCCGCCGGCCACCGAUCUCGAACACCACGAAGCCGUCCUAUACAAGAACACAAUCAUCGCCGAGUCUGGCGACUACGAACGCGCUCUUGAGGGUCUCAAGGCCAUCUAUAGAUCAAACCCCGACAGAACCGCCGUUAUGGAAUUGAGGGCCGAGUACUUGUUGAAGCUGGGUCGUAAAGAGGAGGCUGAGAAGGCAUACCGUGCUCUGCUCGAGAGAAACGCCGAGAGACGCGCCUACUACGAUGGCUUGGAGCAGGCUCUGAGUCUGGACAGAAAUGACUCGGCUCAACACACACAAUUGCAGGACCUCUACAAGUCUUUCGCCGAGAAGAGCGAGAGAAUUGAUGCUCCCAGACGUGUGCCGCUGGACUUCCUCCAGGGCGAUGCUUUCAAGGAGGCCGCCGACGUCUAUUUGACAAGGGUCUUCCGCAAGGGUGUUCCCUCGACCUUCGCCAAUGUCAAGGCUCUCUACAACGACGAAUCCAAGAAGCAGACCAUCGAGCAACUCGUCCUCGGAUACGCCUCGCAAAACAGCGAAGAGAAUGGCAAGAACUGGGACCUCGCCGUAAACUACUUCCUCGCACAACACUACGACUACCACCUCUGCCGCAACCUCGAAAAGGCCUCCGAAUACAUCGAAAAGACAAUCUCGCUCAACACCAACCCCCAAGACUACACCUUCCACCUCACAAAAGCCAGAAUCACAAAACACUCGGGAGACCUGGAAAAGGCUUCCAAGCAAAUGAACGAGGCCCGCGAAAUGGACCGCGCAGACCGCUACAUCAACACAAAGUGCGCCAAAUACCAAUUACGAAACAACCAAAACGAUGACGCCAUCAACACCAUGGGUCUGUUCACCCGCAAAGAAGCCAACGGUGGCCCGCUAGGCGACUUGCUGGAUAUGCAAUGCAUGUGGUACCUCUUCGAGGACGGUGAGGCCUACAAGCGUCAAAACAAGCUCGGUUUGGCUCUCAAGCGCUUCAAGUCUAUUCACGACAUCUUCGACGUCUGGUUCGAGGAUCAAUUCGACUUCCACAGUUUCUCCCUGCGCAAGGGUAUGAUCCGUGCGUAUGUGGAUAUGAUCAGAUGGGAGGACCACUUACGUCAACAUCCUUUCUACUCGCGCGCUGCUUACUCGGCUAUCGACAUCUACGUCAAGCUAUUCGAUGACCCCAACUGCGGAUCUGCUAACGGCGAUCUGAGCGACGCAGACAAGAAGAAGGCAGAGAAGAAGGCACGCAAGGACAAGGAAAAGGCCGAGGCAGACAAGAAGGCUGCCGCUGCCGCCAAGGCCACAGCCGCUUCAGAAGAGGUCGUCAAGAAGGAAGACACAGACCCACAGGGUGAAGAGCUACUCAAGACCAAGGACCCCCUAUCCGAGGCCAUGAAGUAUCUCUCACCCCUAUUGGCAGAGAGCCCCCUGAACAUCAGAUCCCAACAAGCAGGCUUCGAGGUAUUCAUCCGCAGAGAAAAGUACCUUCCAGCCCUCAAAUGCCUGGUCGCCGCCUCCAAAAUCGACAACGCCAAUCCCCUACUCAAGGAGCAAACUGCCCGCCUACGCAAAACUUUGGCGGAACUCAAGGAGCCGUUGCCGGAAAAGAUCAAGGAGGUUAUCGAUGCCGAGUUGGCUACUUUGCCAUAGAAG